CUUCAUUGAACGGAAUAAUUGAUAAUAAUGGUACGUAACGCAUCGGCUACAUGGAGUAGUAGUGAAACAGAAAUUUUAGUUGACGAGCUCAUCGCACGAAAGGAUAUAAUAUUUGGUGCACAAUCAAGUACUGUUACGAACAAAAGCAAACAACAGCAUUGGGAUGAGAUUGUGGCUACAAUUAAUCAGCAAUUUCCAAGCCAGCAUCCCCGUGAUAGGGAAGAGACUAAGAAAAAAUGGAAUAAUUUGUCGUCAGAUGCAAGAAAAAAUCUAAAAGAACACAAGAACUCUGUAGAGCAAACCGGAAAAGGAAAAGCUUUCCCAAUGAAGCCUUUAAACGAGAAGAUUGUCAACAUGAUUUGGGGAGAAAGUAGCGCAGCUUUGCCGGGAAACAGCAUAUCCGGCGGAGUAGAGACAGACGUGAUGGAAAACGCUAAUGAUACUCUACGUAUUAAUAAUAGUGCCUCUAGUGCUUCUCUCCAUACAAUGAAUGCCUCUAGUUGUGCAGUCUUGGCUAAAACGGUUCAAUCGUCUUUUCUUGAAAACGAGGAAGACGACUUAUCUACAUUUGAGUUUGAUGAUAGCCAAUCAAACCAAUCAUCUUUAUGUCAAACAUUUAGUAACGCUGACUUUGCUGACGGUGUACCAUCCACAUCCCGAGUUGUAGCUUUGCUCCCCAAACGCACAUCAACUCCGGUAUUGUCCACUAAAACAACAGAUCAUAGUUCUGCAAAUAUCGUGUUUGCGAAACGCUCUCAAGCAACUUUGGCACCGGUUGAAAAAGAUGCUCCACUAGUUGCAGUAACUUCAUUUUCUACGACGAAUGGAGAAUCUUUAAAUAAAAAUCCUUUAGCUCUUCGUGAUAUUGUAAUCGCGCCAAAAGAGCACAUGCUGAAAAAUCAAACGUUUCUGUUUCUAAGAGGUUGAUGCGCGAUCGCUUUGAUUUGCUGCACUCUGUCAUUGCAGUAAGACAGCUUAUAGGAAAACCAAUUGAUGCCGAAAAAGACAUUCCGGUAGACCUUUUAGAAAUGAUGAACAACCCGUCUCAAUUAAUUUGAAAGAGCUAUGUUACAAGUUUCGUUUGAUUCUGUUUAAUCAAUAUGUGCAAUACAAACUUGAAAGCAACUUA